AUGGGGCCUGAAGACAGUGCCAAGUGCCUGCGCCAUGGACCAGAGCUGAGCCUCUGGGUAGCCGGUGACGGUCCCGCGCAGGAACGCUGUGGACCCCGCUCUCUGGGCAGCCCUGCCCUAGGCCUGGACACUUGCAGAGCCUGGGACCAUGUGGAUGGGCAGAUCCUGGGCCAGCUGCGGCCCCUGGCAGAGGACGAAGAGGAGGAGGGCGCCCGGGCCACGUCGCCCAGGGGGCCUGCCUUCCCCGGCAUGGGCUCUGAAGAGCUGCGUCUGGCCUCCUUCUAUGACUGGCCGCUGACGGCUGGGGUGCCGCCCGAGCUGCUGGCCGCUGCUGGCUUCUUCCACACAGGCCAGCAGGACAAGGUGAGGUGCUUCUUCUGCUAUGGGGGCCUGCAGAGCUGGAAGCGUGGGGACGACCCCUGGACGGAGCAUGCCAAGUGGUUCCCCAGCUGUCAGUUCCUGCUCCGGUCAAAAGGAAGAGACUUUGUCCACAGUGUGCAGGAGACUCAUUCCCAGCUGCUGGGCUCCUGGGACCCGUGGGAAGAACCGGAAGAUGCAGCCCCUGUGGCCCCCUCCGUCCCUGCCCCUGGGGACCCUGAGCUGCCCACGCCGAGAAGAGAGGUCCAGUCUGAAAGCGCCCAGGAGCCAGGAGGAGCCAGUCCAGCCCAGGUCCAGAGCGGGUGGUGGGUUCUUGAGUCCCCAGGAGCCAGGGACGUGGAGGAGCAGCUGCGACGGCUGCAGGAGGAGAGGACUUGCAAGGUGUGCCUGGACCGUGCCGUGUCCAUCGUCUUUGUGCCAUGCGGCCAUCUGAUCUGUGCUGAGUGUGCCCCCAGCCUGCAGCUGUGCCCCAUCUGCAGAGCCCCCGUCCGCAGCCGUGUGCGCACCUUCCUGUCCUAG